AUGCCUAGCAGUGCUUUCCCUCUACUGGUAAACCGCCGUGGAAGCGCCCGAGUUUCUUUUCGAAACGCGCGCAAAGGCAUGAGGUCGGGGGUGUUUCUAGGGAUCUCUUGGUGUGUGUGUGCUGUUUUGCUGAUGUUCGGCAGGUGUUUGGCUACCGGAAAGCUUCAGGUUGGGAUCUCCGAGAGUGGCAAGAAUAUCGGGGGUGCCGACACUGCCGAGAAAACCGACACCGCCGGAAACACUGACACCGCCGAGAACACUAUCCCAGACUCCACCCCGUACGCGGAAGACGCCGACACCGAAGAGAGUGCUAUCGCAGAGACAAAACUCCGUUCCAAGACAGUAGUCCAAGAGCCCACCCUACCACCCAGUUUAACAAACACCCCCCCUCCCUCUCCCACGGCCCUCAGCCUCCUCCGGAAAGGGCCACACACUAGUGGUAGAUACAGAGUCUCAAAGCGGAGCACACGUAGAGAUGAUCUUGCCGAGAUGGAGAAGAUACUGAGGUCGUUGGAGGCGAAGAUUGAUCGAAUGAUGGCGAUGCUGGAGGAGGUGCGGGAUAACCCCGGUGUUACUAAUGUGAUUAAUAGUUAUUUGUCGAUUUUUUGCGUUGACCCACCGAGCGGGGGGGUGUAG